AUGGCGAGUCGAUCGAUCUUGCUUAUAGCGCUUGCUAUCCUCGCGCCAUACGUAUACGACCGCUACCUUGCGUUGUCGACGAUAUUUGGAAACAGACCUGGGAAAUUCGAGGACGUCAACAACUUCAAGAGCCAUGAGGUCAAGUUCCGCGAUCAGCUCCGCAACUGUGAGGAUGUGCUCUUCGAAGAGGGCAUGGGCAUUGCGUUCCUGAGUUGCAACCCUGGAAGAGAUCAGUGGAAUACCGUGAUGGGCACAUUCGCUCCAGCUCUAAGCAAACGAGGCGAUGAAGACAACCCACAUAUCUGGAUCUACGAUUAUUCAACGCCAAACACUCCUGAAUCUGAAGUUCUCAAGCCGCUGGUUCUGACUGAUUACAAUAAUGCAGCAGACUUCCAACCCUUGGGCAUCGAGUUCGACGCCGCGACAUCAACACUUUACGUCAUUAACCAUUCCCGGAAUUCCGGAAACAUCAUCGAAGUAUUUCAGGUCUCUGUCCAAGACGCAGUAGCGAAAUAUGUGCAAACAUUGAAGCAUCCACUGAUCUAUACACCCAACUCCAUCCAUUCUUUGGGAGACGGAAAACUACUAGUAACCAACGACCACUACAUCGGGUCCCUCAUCUCUCCGCUCAUUUCGCAGGUCGAGACGUUUGCUGGAAUUCCUGGGGGUAGUGUCGUAUAUACCGACAUCCACAACCCCUCGCACACAAAGACGUUGGUCCGUGUACCUUUCGCCAACGGUAUUGCUAUGCUCAACUCGACGACCGUAGCUGUUGCCUCAUCAGCGAAAAUGGGAGUGAACUUCUACACUUUCAGUCCUGACACGAUCAAGUUACAUUUCCGAAAGUUCAUUCGCGCUCCAUCGAGCGUCGAUAACCUUUCUGUCGACGCUUCUGGCAAGCUUCUUAUGGCCGGCCAUCCCUUUGCGCCAGGACUUAUGAAAGUAAGCAAAGCUAGGGCGAAGUGCAAUAUUCAGGGAUCAGAAGAUGAGAAGCAGGCUUGCGAAUGUACGGCGGCUAGCUUUGUGGCUGAGUGGAGCGAAACUGGAGGACUGAAAACGUUGUAUAAGAACAACGGACAGGAGUUCUGCAGCAGUAGUACUUUUGCUCGGGAUGUGGGAAGAGGUGUGGGUAUCAUCACAGGGUUGUACGAUAGAGGCAUCUUGGUGUCAAAGGACGAUCCAACCACUGUGCAGUGA